AUGUCUGCCAAAGAACGGCGAGCUCUUCGGGAAGGCGAAUGGGCGUGCACGGAUCCGAAAUGCACGGAAGUGAAUGCGGAAAGAACACUCUUCUGUCAGUCUUGUGGGCGAGCCAAGCCGAAACCUAAGGCGAAAGUUGGACGAGAGAUUGGCAAGGAUGCUGCCGAAAAGUCGAAAGGACUAUUCGCAGCCGAAGAUUGGAUUUGCACAAAGUGUGGGAAUGUCAAUUGGGCUCGUCGUAACACUUGCAACAUUUGCAAUGCUAAAAAGCUUGGAGACACUGAACGUCGAACAGGUUAUGGCGGUGGCUAUAUGGAUCGACAGGAUGUCGAGUACAUUCAACGUGAAGACGAUGCUGAAUUUGAUGAGUUUGGACGCAAGAAAAAGCGCAAGCAAUCUGCGGAUGGCGCUAAAGCUGGCGAAACUCAGGAUGAUGAGAUAGAAGAGGUGAACGAUUUUAAUCAGCCAGAAGAGGAAUCGGAGAAAAGUUCCGGCUCCGAAACAUCGGCUAGCGACGAAGGAAGUGGCCACGAAGAUGAAGAUGAAGAUGAAGAUCUUGAUAAAUACGAUCUAACCGCUGAUGACACGGAGCUCAAAGACAAAGCCAAAUCAAAGGAAAACGAUGAAGAUGAUGAGAACGAGGAAGAAGAUGAUGAUUUGGACAAGUACGAUUUAACAGCUGGAAUAGAAAUCACCCCUCUUCAACUUGCUGUCGCUAACAAAGCCAACGAAGACUAUGACUCAGAUUGUACUUGCUCGUGUUCUGGUGGUGAAUGCUCUUGUAGCGAAAGUGAAUCUGAAAUCGAACGUCGUAGAGAAGAAGAGAAGAAGAAAGAAAGGGAGCUUCAAAAGGAAAAUGAGAAGCAGAAAGACCAGGACCGUGAAAAAGAUCGCGAAAAAGACCGAAAACGGAAAAGAUCUCGUUCGCGUGAAAAGGACCGCAAACGAAGCCGUUCACGUGAAAGGGAUCGAGAACGUAAACGAUCUAGGUCCCGUUCGAAAGACAAGAAACGUAGCAGAUCGCGCGAUAAGACGAGAAGAUCGAGGGAUCGAAGCCGUAGUCGCGACCGACGGCGUGAUCGACUUUGCUUCCCGAAACAAUCAACUAGGGCAAGUGAGAUGUCUGGUCUACAAUUUCAAAGCUUUACCAGUGCCGACUUCAGCACGAGUGCCUCGAAUGAACAAGGCUUUAAUGGAAAGAUUGGCGAUAAGAAUCAGGAUGAUGGCAGUGCUGCAACAACCGGAACGAAGCGUAAUUUCUUCUCCUUUUCGUUUUACCAACAAUUUUUUGAUGUUGACACUGAGCAGGUCACGAAGCGAUUGAUGAACAGUGUCAUUCCCACCCAUAACAGUUUCAUCGCUGAUUUCAUUCAGCCUAUGCCUGAUUUGUAUGGACCAUUUUGGGUGGCGGUGACUUUGGUGUUUUCAAUCGGAAUCUUCUCCAACAUUGCUCAAUACAUUGAGAAUGAAGGUGGAACUGGGGAGUAUGGAUCCGACUUUCGAAUGGUAACGGGUGCUUCGACGCUGAUCACGUCGUACCUGGUGUUCAUUCCGUUGAUUCUUUAUGCCCUUAUUUGGUACCGGAAAAGCGAGGUGCAGUUUUCUUACUUCGAGAUUCUUUGUGCGUAUGGUUACAGCUUAACGAUUUUCAUUCCAGUUUCGCUCUUGUGGGUGAUUGAUGUUGGUGCACUUCGAUGGGCUCUCAUUGGAAUCUCAGUUGCUCUUUCGGGAACCGUGCUUGUUAAAGCUUUAUGGCCAGCUUUCAAAAACGAUGCAAAUAAAUUGAUCUCAUUUGGAGUCGUUUUUGGAAUAAUUUUCUUCCAUUUUCUUCUCGCCCUUUGCUUUAAGGAAUAUUUCUUCGACGCAGUUCAUGGCCGUUCUCCUGCACCGCUUGGGAAGAACGAGGUCGAUGUGAGCAAGCCACCAAUUGGUGCUCAGGGCGUUCCAGAUCACAGCAAUUCUUCAAUUGUUCCACCCCCAGUUCUCCCAAAACUUCCGGCCAAAGCAGAAAGUCAAAAGGUGCCAAUUGACAAUUCCACAGUUGUUGCUCCAAAUCCCGAUAGGAAGAAUGACGUCGUGAAUGCCGUUAGCCCUCCUGUUAGCGGCACUAAUACUAACGCCAACGACACGAAACCGGCCGACAGUCAGCCAAAUAACGCGGUUGAGCAAAAAGAUAAGAAGGAAAGCAAAAAUGAAACCGCCGCCAUUCAG